AUGGCACAGGGGAAGGAGACGGCAGAGGAGGAGGAUGAAGUCGCUGUGGGGAUGGAGAAAGGCUUCAUGGAUGAAUUCUUCGAACAGGUGGAAGAGAUCCGGGGUUUUAUCGAGUCUCUGGCAGAGAAAGUUGAAGAGGUGAAGAGGAAGCACAGCGCUAUCCUCGCCUCGCCAAACCCUGAUGAAAAAACUAAAGCCGAGCUGGAGGAUCUCAUGGCGGACAUCAAGAAACUGGCCAACAAAGUACGCUCUAAGUUAAAGAGUAUCCAGCAAACCAUCGAGCAAGAGGAGGGGCAGAACAGGUCAUCAGCUGACCUAAGGAUACGUAAAACACAGCACUCCACACUGUCCCGUAAGUUUGUCGAGGUGAUGUCAGAGUACAACACCACUCAGUCGGACUACAGGGAGCGCUGCAAGGGACGCAUUCAGAGACAGCUGGAGAUCACUGGGAGAAACACAACAAAUGACGAGCUGGAGAGCAUGUUAGAGAGCGACAACCCAGCUAUCUUUACCUCGGGGAUAAUUAUGGACAACAUCACCCAGCAAGCGAUGAAUGAGAUUGAGACGCGGCACAAUGAGAUUAUCAAGCUGGAAAACAGCAUCAGAGAGCUUCACGACAUGUUCAUGGACAUGGCCAUGCUGGUGGAGAGCCAGGGGGAAAUGAUAGACCGCAUAGAGUACAAUGUGGAGCACUCGGUAGACUAUGUGGAGAGGGCAGUAUCAGACACUAAGAAGGCGGUUAAAUACCAGAGUAAAGCCCGGAGGAAGAAAAUUAUGAUAAUUAUAUGCUGUGUGAUUCUGGGAAUCGUCAUCGCCUCCAUCGUUGGAGGAACACUGAGCUAAACCUCAGCCGCAGUUACACUAAAAAGACACGCAACCACGCAGCUACACACACACACACACACACACACGCACACACACACAAAACACAGAGUAAAAACGAAACAAGAUACACGGUUUCAAUUCCCUGUUUUCACAAAUGCAACCUAUUACACUUUUAGCACAAGAUGCGUUGCAUAACGUACGAUGCAUUUCACACACAGUGUACAGGGCCAGAGGUGUUCACGCAUGAGUUGCUAUUUUGUAAAUGUGUGGUGCUGCAAAAUGUUUAUCUGAGUGUUGAGUGUUGUCAAAGAUAUGAUGUUCCUUGAAUGAAAAAGUUACUAAACGAUAUGUAACGCUAUACUAAUACAUUCCGACUUCCAAAUAAGACACUGGUUCAGUUGUAAUGUCUAUUUUUGUGUUGUACAGGCAAAGUGACAGGUCGCUCAUCUGCAGUGUUUUCAAAGCCAUGUUAUCUGUAGAUCUCCGUUUAUUUAUUGAUUUGAUUUUUCUUAGUCUUUUUACUUUCUCUCUCUGAUGUCUUCUACCUCCCUUAAAAAAAAGCCCUGCAUGGUUUAUUUCACCGUAAAGUGGUGUUUUUGUAUUCUGUCGCAAAAAAGGAAACACGACGAAAAGAAGCAUAUAGCCGUGCUGAUGUUGGAUAUUUUUGCUGGUAGAAUCGUCCCACUGCCAAACUUUUUACUAACAGCGUCUCCUGUAGUUGACAGAAGCAAUGCUACUGUACUUGAUUUCUCAUCUGGCCUUACCAGUUGUGCAGCAUUUCUGACCGUGACUCCAGUGUUGGGUGCAAGUGAGAGGGUGCAUGUGUGAAUAAGGGUGUGUGUGUGUGUGUGUUCGUCUGUUGCUGCAUGUCUGAACGUGCUUGAGUGUGAGUCAUGGGAUGAAAACCUGAGUGCUUGUUGUUUGCCACCUGUGUCUUUGUUUUGUAAACUGAUAUAAAGCUCUCUAACACUGCCAGUAUGUUCCAAUAAGCUGUUAAAACAGAGUCUAGUCUGGUUGGUUUGAUAAUGCUGGUCUGUAAGUGACAAAACGCGAUUGAUUUAUGUCUUGUUUUUUUACAAAUCCCAAGCUUUAAACGGUGCAUAUUCUUCUGUCAAGCUACUUCUCUGUCUGUUUCCGUCAGUUAACUUGAUGGGUCAGUGAAAGCAUCAGCAUGAAGUCGACGUAGCCCUGUAAAAGACUCUCAUAUCAGUUUUUGCGGGACUUAUCAGACAUGCACAGACUGCAACGAUGUUACCAUGUUGCCUACUCAACAUGUUGCCUUUGUGUUGUAUUGUGAUGACAUGGGUUUUAUUUGUUCAACUGGAGUUCUGUUUUUUUCUCUGUUUUUUUGUUGUUUUUGGGUUUUUUUCUCAAGUAAAGUUUGUCUGGAAAAAUGGCA